AUAAAUGUGCUAUAGGUGGCUUGUGGGUGCCGGCGGGUGAAAUAUUGUGUAAACAUGUGGGAACUGAAACUCUGUAUUUGAAAUAUUGACCAUUUGUUUACAAUAAUUAUUUGGAAGUAUCUACAACAAAUUGCGUUACAAAUAAUAAGCGUGUGACUCUUACUCCUAUCAUUGUAACCUACAUGCUAGUAGUUGGUACCGGAGCUUUGUAACCUGUACUUGGCCUUACAAAAUCAACUUUGGCAUAUCACAAUGGAAGAGCAAGAAGGGCGAAUGGCUGUUGAUUCAGAUGAACCAAUGUCAAAUGAUGAGAAUGAUAUUAUUAUCAACGAAGUAGAUGGCUUGCCCAAUGUUCAUCCAAAUUACAUUGAAUUAGAACUUCAUCAUGAUGCUCCUAGACAGAAUUUAGAUGAUGCACGAACUAUGGAUGAAUUGAUUCAUGAUGAAGAUCUUCCAACUUCAUUGAUAGUUACAAAUCUAGAUGGCUUCAUCUUCAAAGAUGAGAAAAAAAAAAAAGAACUGGAAUUACUCUUCACUCAGUUUGGCGAACCAGCUUCAUUCCAAUUUUUCAGAAGCUUUAGGCGUAUGAGGGUGAAUUAUAAUUGCCCAGCUGCUGCUGCUAAGGCUAGAAUACACAUGCACCAGACACAGUUUGGAGAUACUUUAAUCAACUGCUACUUUGCACAGCCUGUUUCACCAGUUGAUUUAGAGGACCAACACUUGCAACCACCGGCUCCAGUUAAGCAGUUCUUGAUUUCUCCACCAGCAUCACCGCCAGUUGGCUGGGAGCCAAGAGAUGAAGGAGAACCACUAGUGAAUUAUGAUCUUUUAGCUGCUAUAGCAAACUUGACCCCAGGAGAGCCACAUGAAUUGCAUCCACCAUCAGGCAGCCAGCCAGGUAUUGUAGUUCAUGUUUGUGAGGAAUCUGCUGGGACAUCCAAAGGCGGAACGCCACUACCAAAAGCUCGAAUAAUGCAGACAAGGUGCCCAGAUCACAACUGAACACUAUGAAGAUGCUGCCUAAUUUGCCAGUUUGUACUUAGGCUUCAGUGUGAAUCCUGUAGUUGACAUGGGAAUGCCAGCUACUGAUACUGUACCUUUAUCAAAAUUGAAAUGUUUCAAUAUUUGAGAAAUUGAAAAGAAAGAUUAGUAAAUUUCAUACAUUGUAAACAAAAUUGGAACAAGUCUUAUAAAUUUUAGAUUCCAUUCACAGUUAUUAAGGUCAGUGUCAGUGGAAGACAACUGAUUUUGAGUUCUCCUUCAUAUAAGAAUUUUGCAUCAUGUAAUGUUUGUUGUGUUUGCUUUUGAUUUAGUGCAGCUAAUUUAUUCUGAAGCAUUUGUAUAAGAUAUUUAUCCUCAUAAAGUGUAGUAUGAAGUUUUCUAAAUAAAAUAUUACAGUAUUUUAAUUUA